GCAAAUACACUCCUCAAUAUAAAUGGCUUGAGGAAGAGCUACCAACGGUUAACAGGACGGUGACUCCGUGGCUGAUUGUUCUAGUACAUUCUCCAUGGUAUAACAGCUACAACUAUCACUAUAUGGAAGGAGAAACCAUGAGAGUAAUGUAUGAGCCAUGGUUUGUACAGUACAAAGUGGAUAUGGUUUUUGCAGGUCAUGUUCAUGCUUAUGAACGAACGGAACGUAUAUCUAAUGUGGCCUACAACGUCGUCAAUGGAGAAUGCACUCCUAUUAAAGAUCAAUCUGCUCCAAUUUAUGUAAUAAUAGGCGAUGGUGGAAAUCUUGAAGGCCUAGCCACCAACAUGACAGAGCCGCAGCCAGCUUACUCUGCAUUCCGCGAGGCCAGUUUUGGACAUGCCACUCUUGCUAUCAAGAAUAGAACUCAUGCUUAUUAUAGUUGGCAUCGUAAUCAAGAUGGAUAUGCUGUGGAAGCCGAUAGAUUAUGGGUAAACAACCGUUUCUGGCAUCCAGUUGAUGAGUGCACAGCAGCCAAAUCAUGAUGAUGUACACGCGAUUUCAUCUUUCUUUUCUUUGCUUUUCCUCAUUAACAUUGUGUCCUUGUUGCUUAGCCUGCAACCAAUAAAUUUCAUCAUUUCAAGCUCUUGCUGCCUCAUAAUUUGUAAAACGUCCAUCUUGCGACGUGGCAGUGGAGUCAUUGUGAGGAAAACGAAAAAAGCGUAGUAAAAGAACAUGGAAGGACAUAUAUUUGUUCAUAGUUACUCAUUUAUCCAAGCAUGAAUGUGAUUUAGGUUUCCAAAUUGAGGUG